AUGGCUGGACAGCAUGGACGGCGCUCCCCGCCGUCAAUCCGCAGCUCGGAUCCGUGCCACAUCCUCGAGCUGACAUCCCCCCUCGCCCACAUCUCCGUUUUCCCGGAUCUUCCCCCGCCGCGACAGCCACAAAAGAAAUACCUCAACAUCCACUACCACGCAUGGGGGACUUGGGUGGCCCAGAUCACUGACCGGGGGACCCACACAAAGAAGUGGAUUGGGUCGUUCCACAUGGUGGAACUCGCCGCCCUGGAAUACAACUGGUGGCAGGUCCAGUUCGACGGUGCGGCGGCAAAGGUCAGCUUUCCGCUUGGGAUGGCCUCGGUCCACCUCCUCCCGGUGGCGCUGGGAGUGGUGGAUGCAAUGACGAUUCAGGAGCUCCACCGGGAGGCGAGGGGGGUCAUUGCAGCGGAGGCCGCCGACGAGGAAUACAUGGCGGAGCUCCAUCGGCAGCACCCCGAGCUUGUGAAGGCGGAUCGGGCGGUCAAAGGCGAGGUCGUCGCCAUCUCCCACGAUGAGGAGCAAGGCGGCGGCGGCGGCAAUGGCAGCACAGAGGACGAGUUCGACGCCGAGAAGUGGCGGCACAUCUUCCUCGACUCUGGCGAAGACGGCACCGGCCCAGACCCCAUGGAUGGAGGCAUGUUGAGGCAAGAUUGGCUCGAUCUAUACUAUGGCAAGGAUGAGAAAGAAUAUUAG